AGCUUAGCACCUUAGUUCGAAUGGAAGGAUCUGAUCGCGCGGUUGUCGAAUGUUGCCGUUCGGUGACAAGUUUCUGUGAACAACCAACAAGAAAUCACGCACGAAACUAAACAACAUUUUAUUUUUGGUGUCUCUCUUGGAGUGUGAAUCAAAAAAAACAAAAAUUUAUCAAGAAAAAAAUUUAUUACGAACGAACAAAAGACGACAUUUUAUUGCAUCGAUUUGAAUAAACGUUUCGAUGGCGUUGUAUAUUUGGGCAAUUUUGAUAAUUGCUCUAUUGCCAUGCGCAUAUUCCAUCCAUGAUUAUGGCGAUUUACCCCCGGGGCCAUAUUGUGGCAAAGUGCGGUGUUGUAAUGGCCGCCAGGACGAAUGCGCGGCGCCAAUUUUAGACACAAUGUGCUAUUGUGAUGAAUUUUGCGACCGGACCACCAAUGACGAUUGUUGUCCUGAUUUCCGAACGGUGUGCCAAGGCGCACCAGCGCCCAUUGAAAUGAAAUACUGCCAUCAUCAUAAUCGACCUAUUUUACCCGGGCAGACUGUUACAGAAAACUGUAAUUCAUGUAAAUGCGGUAAAAUUGGCGAUAACGUUGAAUUGUUGUGUGAAACGAAUAAAUGUUUGAUCGAACCGGAAAUGGUUAAUACCCUCAACCAGAUGUCGUCUAGAUACGGCUGGCAAGCCGCGAAUUACUCUGCGUUUUGGGGACGCACUUUGAGUGAUGGUAUUAGGCUAAGAUUGGGGACAUUACAACCGCAUAGAUUUGUCCUACAAAUGAAUCCUGUAAAAAGAAUUUACGAUCCGUAUAGUUUACCAAAACAAUUUGACGCUGAAGAGAUGUGGCCUGGAAAAAUUGGUCUCGUGCAGGAUCAAGGAUGGUGCGGAUCAUCCUGGGCUUUGUCUACUACAGCUGUUGCAUCAGACAGAUAUGCAAUCAUCUCGAAAGGAUUAGAAGAACCCACAUUGAGUGCGCAACAUUUAUUGAACUGUGAUAAUCGUGGCCAACAGAGUUGUAAUGGUGGAUAUCUAGAUCGGGCGUGGCAGUUUUUCAGGAAGUUUGGUAUUGUAGACGAAAGAUGUUUACCAUAUCAAGCAAGAACGGAAAAGUGUCACCUUCCUCGUCGUGGUAACCUGCUGACUGCAAGAUGUACGCCACCGACGCAUGUUGACAGAAAGGAAUACUACCGAGUUGGGCCAGCGUACAGACUCGGCAAUGAGACUGAUAUAAUGCAAGAGAUUCUAACGUCAGGACCAGUUCAAGCGACAAUUAAGGUCUAUCAUGAUUUCUUCACGUAUAGAAGUGGAAUCUAUCAACAUACUGAUUUAUCCGAGAAUGAUAGGACUGGGUAUCAUAGUGUGAGGAUCGUCGGAUGGGGGGAAGAGUAUAGUUAUACCGGAAGUACAAAAUAUUGGAAAGUUGCGAAUUCCUGGGGAACUCAAUGGGGUGAAAAUGGCUACUUCCGGAUUCUGCGCGGAUCGAACGAGUGCGAUAUCGAAUCUUUCGUGUUGGGCGCCCUGCCGGAAAUCGCCCAGCGUCGAAUCUAGGAUUUAUUUGAUAAUAUUUAUUACGAUAUUUAAAUGAUUCUAAUUUUAAACAUGUUAUGUGUUCAUUUUUCCACAACGCUAUGAAGUUAACUGCCAAAAAUGAAAUCGCAUCGCAUGCAUGGAUUAAUUUAUAAAAAUCUAUGUCAUGUCAGUUUAUAAUGUAACUGUGUUCUUUUAAAAACAAAUAAAUAUUUUACAUCUUAAUUCAA